AUGUAUCAAACAAGAGAAAAGUAUUCUUACGUACCUCAAAGGAACAAGGCGUCAAUCUUGUCGAGCGGAGGGAUAUCAGAGACAUACGACAUUAAUGGAAACAAUAUGUACGAUGAAAUGUCGAACCAAUCAGCUGAUGAUCUUUACAGACCCUAUGAUUUCAGUGGGACUCAAGGCGAGAACGGGAUCUACCAAGAAGUCGGAAACCCCUUGGAGUACGAGUUCAACCCAAAGCACUUCUACUGGCUCUUCAAUCCUUAGAUUAAGUUCAAUAAGCGCAAGACCUUUUGCGUCGAAGAUGACCUGAACCCCAAGGAUUUCAUGAUGAUGAGACAGCUGAACCGCAAGAGUCUAACUGCUUUUCUAAUAAAGGCCUAAACAGAAAAGACUCUCCUUCUCAAUCAAAGCCCUGAAAACGGUGGUCAGAUGGGAUCGAACUGCAAGAGCAAUCUUUAAAACGAGACUGACGAGUAUAUGUCUACUGAUGAUCACGGAACAGUUAACUCGCCCCCAGUCAGACAGAUCAUUAUUACUGAUGAGGAUGCGACAAUUGAGGAUGUGGCGAGUGGGUGCAAUCUAAAUGAGGUUUGGGAAGACGAGAGAAUUGACUAAGAAGCCAAACUCCUACUGAAAGAGCGAAGACUGGGCUAGAUUAUCCCAAGUGACGCAGUAGCUCACCUUGAGUUCUUUUAUAAUACUCUACUUAUGAGUUACAACACGGAGAAUCCCUUCAAAAAUCCAGAGGAGUUCCCAGCUCUGCUGUACUCUAACCAGAGUGAGACUCCAGACAAUUUAUUCGAGAUUCACAGGAGGAUAAUAACUCCAGGCGAGCCUACUCCAGACUCAAACAUGGACGAUGAACUCAAAAGUGUAUCCUCACUUGGCAAGAGAUAUGACUGGUACCCCAACAGACUGAUUGAGUCUCCACUGAGCACCUACACUCAAAGCCCCAGUCCUAAAAAGUUCAACAUUCAAGACCGAAGAUCAUCGUAGCAAUUUUCCCUGUAGAUUAAGUCAUUUGACAUCCCAUCACACAAUCCUUCCCCAGUCAAAGCUAUGAGAGGGUCUUAGGGCUAGGGAAUCAGAAGAUUCACUUAAGCAGUGCUUAACCCGAUUCAUGAGAGAUUCAUAGAGCAAGAUGAAAAUUGA